AUGGCACAUCUCUUGCCGUUUCGUGACAUCAACGUGCACGCAUCCACCAGCCAUUAUGCCUUCACCUCGCCGUCCACCCCUUCUGCGCCUACGCUCGUGGUAGAAAGACCUUCGGGCGACAUCAGACUCAACGAUGGCUCUCUUCUGGGAGCAAAGAGGGUGUCUAGCAUUGCGGGAAUUCUGGGCAUCAUCAAGCUGAAGCUGGACAAAUAUGUCAUUGUUAUCACCAAGGCGCAGCCUAUGGGGCGUAUCCGGGGCCAUAUGGUUUACAAGGUCGUAGCAACCGAGUUCCUCCCUCUGCGAGAACGACCUGUCCACGAUCCCGACGAGGACACGUAUCUUUCCUACCUCAAGACGCUGCUGUCCACCGGCCCCAUGUACUUUUCCUAUUCGCUGGACGUGACAUCAAGCUUCCAGCGCCAGUCCGAGUCAGACCUGUCGCAACCGUUGUGGAAGAGAGCUGAUGACCGCUUCUUCUGGAACCGGUUCGUUCAGACCGAUCUGAUUGACUUCAGGAUGGGGGGUGGGCCUUCGGCCGGGUUAAAAGGACAACAACAGCCAGGGGCCGACCCGUAUAUUCUUCCUGUCAUGUUUGGCAUGUUCGAAGUCAGACCAGCCAGGAUCAAGUCGACCAACUUCAAUUUCGCACUUAUUACCAGGCGAUCGCGGCAUCGUGGAGGGACCCGAUAUUUCUCCAGGGGUAUUGACGACCAGGGCCAUGUCUCCAACUUCAACGAAACGGAACAAGUGGUCGUUUUGAAUGACGUUUCCGGACCGCCUGCAGGCUACGCCGGCGGUGCAGGGAUACAAAAUGGGAAAAUUGCCGGUCAACCUUCGGAUACCCAGGUUCUGUCAUUUGUCCAGACACGAGGGAGCGUCCCUGUCUUCUGGUCUGAGAUCAACGACUUGCGCUAUGUACCAAAGCUUCAGAUCCGCGGAGUUGAUACUGCAGUGGAUGCUUCGCGGAAGCAUUUCGACGAGCAAAUCAGAAUCUAUGGCGAGAAUUACCUCGUAAACUUGGUCAAUGCGCGGGGCCGAGAAGAACGUGUGAAGAAGGCCUAUGAACAAAUCAUCAGGAUAUUGGUCAAUUCUCCGGACGAGUCGGUGGAAGCCGACCAGCGUACCGACGAAAAGUUUCGUGACAUCAGCGCGGAAUAUCCACGCUCAAUGAUGGAUAAACUGCAUUAUAUCUACUUUGACUUCCACAACGAGACCAAAGGCCUAAAGUGGCACCGGGCCGAACUGCUAUUGGACGAGUUGAUUGAUGGCUUGAAGAAGGGACAAUAUUUCAAAGGAGUGGAAAUGCCUGGCGAUCCGUCUGGCGCUCUGGAGGUCCGCUUACAACAGACGGCAGUCGUCCGCACCAACUGCAUGGAUUGUCUCGACCGGACCAACGUCGUUCAGAGCAUGCUUGGCAGGUGGGCGCUGACCCAGCAAUUACAGGACAUUGGUAUCUUGCAGCCAGGCGAGCGCGUAAGCGAUGAUCGCGCCUUCGAGUUUCUGUUCAGAAACGUAUGGGCCGACAAUGCAGAUGUCGUGUCCAAAGCUUAUUCGGGUACCGGCGCUCUGAAGACGGAUUUCACACGAACUGGUACUCGGACGAGAGUGGGAAUGCUGCAAGAUCUGAGCAAUUCUUGCACUCGGUACAUCCGCAACAACUUCCUCGACGGACCUCGACAAGAUGGUUUCGACCUUUUUCUAGGGACUUACCUCCCAUCGACAUACGGUGUUGGAUCAUCCAUGAUCUUUGUCGACCGGCGGCCGCUUAUCAUCCAGGCCGUCCCGUAUGUUUUUGCCGCCUCUCUCUUUAUCAUCCUGAUCUCGAUCUUGACCCGACGAGCCCCAGAGUCGACCGUCUGGCCGUUGCGGCUCCUUGUUAUCCUGUGUUUGGUCGUCGCUGGCUGGUCCUUUCAAUUCCUCUACACCUACGGCUUGCUCUAUGUCAAUUGGCCAAAACUCAACACUCCAACGUACGCUCUUGAAGAAGUCAGUCAAGCCUUGUCUCGGGUACACAAGGACAAGAUUAUCGGGCCCGUGAUUGCCGCGACGACCAGUAGCAAGGAGAGAAGGGCUCGAAAUAUCAGCACGGCCAACAUGGGUUAUAUGGAAGAGGGUAAGAAGAGAAUAGAAUAA